AUGAAAACCCUUGUAGUUUGUUCUCUUUUCACGUCAUUGGCCGCUGCCAUAUGGCCGCUCCCUACGUCGUAUGAGCACGGAGAUGCUGUUCUGUUUAUCAAGAAGGAUAUUUCGUUUCAUUGGUACAAGGCUGGUGCAAGCAAUGUAGGCUCAUUCACGGAUCAAACUCCCUUCUUCUUCGUAUCAGAAUCUGACAUUGGACCUCAUUUUCAGCAAAGUACAGCACUGGAACUAUACAAAACCUAUACAGAUGUAUCAGCCACCGACAAAUCCGAUGAUGGAGCGGGCGACAGUGUUUCUGGCGAUGACAUUGUCGACUUUGCCAUCAAAUCUAGCUGGAAAAUAAUCUUCAAUCAAAACCUCUACCCGUGGAAAUUCCGUCCUCGGGCCUGGAACGAGCCAUCACCUGGGAGCGCAUACGUCGCUCGCGUCGACAUCAAACAACUUUCCGUCGAUCCGCAAAACAUUGGAAAGCCGCAAGCUGGUGAAGCCGACGAAUCCUACACACUAACCUUAACAACAGAAGGUAUAGCUACCGUCAGCGCAAAUUCCAGCAUUGGCGUAGCACGUGGCCUAACAACAUUUACACAACUCUUCUUCGUCCAUUCAAACAAGCAGGAUGUAUACACACCCCUUGCCCCAGUCACCAUUUCCGACGCCCCAAAGUUCCAACACCGAGGUAUCAACCUCGACGUCUCUCGCAACUUUUUCCCCGUCAACGAUAUAAAACGCCAAAUUGACGCUUGCGCCUAUAAUAAAAUGAACCGCUUCCACCUGCACGCCACAGACUCUCAAUCUUGGCCCUUGGAGAUCCCCUCCAUCCCCUCCCUCUCCGCCAAAGGCGCCUACAGCCCCGACCUUGUCUAUACAGCCUCCGACUUCAGCGACCUACAGCGCUACGCCGCACUCCAGGGCGUUCAAAUGAUCACAGAAAUAGACAUGCCGGGCCACACAGCCAGCAUUGGUUACAGUUCCCCCGAUCUCCUCGCCGCAUUUAACAUUCAACCAAACUGGGAUACCUACGCGGCGGAACCGCCGACGGGUACACUGAAACUCAAUUCCACGGCUGUAAGCAAGUUCCUCGAUACUGUUCUCGACGACUUACUCCCUCGUGUGCAUCCGUAUUCUGCGUAUUUCCAUACCGGUGGCGAUGAGGUAAAUAAAAACGCGUACAGCCUCGACGACACAGUCAAAAGCAACGACUUCGCCGUCUUACAGCCCCUCAUGCAAGCUUUUGUAGACCGCAACCACGACCAGGUCCGCGCCAAGGGCCUCGUCCCCAUUGUAUGGGAGGAAAUGCUGCUGGAUUGGAAUUUAACGCUAGGCUCCGAUGUCAUUGUGCAGUCAUGGCUCAGCGAUCAGUCCGUGGCGCAGAUAGUAGGCAAGGGUCACAAAGUACUCGUUGGAAAUUACAAUUUCUGGUAUCUUGACUGUGGCAAAGGCCAAUGGCUCAACUUUGAUCCAUCAGUUAGUGCAGAUAACUGGCCUUACAAUGACUACUGUGCCCCCUUCCACAAUUGGCGCGUAAUAUACUCGCUGGAUCCGCUCGCUGGCGUCCCAGAGGCAUCGCAGCACCUUGUUCUUGGGGGCGAGGCGCACAUGUGGGCUGAACAGACGGACGCGGUGAAUGUGGAUCAGAUGGUCUGGCCACGCGCUGCGGCUGCGGCGGAGAUACUGUGGAGUGGGGCCAAGGAUGGAGAAGGCAGGAAUCGUAGUCAGAUUGAGGCGGCGCCGCGGUUGAGUGAAAUGAGGGAGAGGCUGGUGGCGAGGGGUGUGGGCGCGAGUGCGAUUCAGAUGCCGUAUUGUACUAUGGAUGGCGUGGUGUGUCAGUUGGGAUAUCAGGGGACUUCAUAA